AUGGCCGAACACAAUGAACUCAAUCUAGACGACAAAUUCCAUUUUGUUUCCCUCAAAAGCCUAGAUGACCGCACAGAAAAGCGCCUAGCCCGAUCACACGCUGUAGCCCGGGGCCUCGAGAACAAACGCAAGCUCCAGCAAAAGUUGGGUCUCAAUUUCCGUGGAGUAUCUUCAAAAGAUGAUUCUGGUCGCAACCUGAGCAAAAGAAAGAGAGUCCAAUCACUUGCCUCGCCACCAUUACCCCUGUCUACAUAUGCGUCCAGUGCGUCCAGUGCGUCCCAAAUGCUCGCUGCAGAGUCAUCAAAGCUGCAGGCAUUGUUAAGUCAACACAAAGUGCAACAUGCUACGGAGCCAAUUUUUAGCGUUUUAGACGAGCUUGUGCUCCAGAACUUUCGCUCUGUUUUCCGAAAAGGGCUAGAUGACCACGCUUUUUUGAGUGCCGCUAUGCUCACAUUUGCAUUCGCGGGCACUGAUGGCUGCAUCGAUAGGGAGUGCCUCCGAUAUCAGGGUCAGGCUCUUAGUUCCAUUCGUCGAAGGAUGGACUCUCCAGAUAUGGCUACCACGGAAUCGACAUUGGGUGCUAUCUUGCUAUUAGCUAGGGUAGAGGUCCGUAUAAUGCUGCUCAGCUUGGAGUACCGCGACAAGUCCAACUCCACAUGGGGGCAAUACAGCAGCUUCUAG